GUGGGAAAAGAUGUCGAAUAUUAGUUGGCCACCCUGUAUUUUGCUUGCAAAAUUCUCUGUUUGACAACAAAAACAACAACAAAAUAAUUAAAAAAAAAAACAACAAAAAAUAAACAUAAAAAACGAGACAGUAGAAGUAAACAAGAGAAACAGUGAAAGCAAUGUCCAAGGUGCUUAGCCCGCAGACAGCCCGUCGUGUGGGCGACAGCGUGGGGGUGGGCGUGGCCCCAGGAGCAGGUGGCAAAGGAGGUGCAGCACCAGGUAUUGCCACCACUACCACCAACAACAACAACAGCAAUAAAUCCAAGGGAAACAUGGACGACUACACCUGCAGCAGCAGCAGUUCCAUCUUAGAAUUCCUGGCCAAAGAGCAAGACUGUAACGGCGUCACUGGAAUCGCUGGCAUUGGCGGAGGAGGAGAAGUCGAUCCGGAAAGCAUUUUUCGUGAAGUUAGCCGUCUAAGUGAUAGCUCGGAUAUGCGUUCAGUGGAUGAGUUGCUCUUGGAAGCGGAACGUUUAAUUCAAAAGCAAUUGCGUCUGGGUCGCAUAGGAGCCACCGGCGGCGGUGAUGAUAGCGAUGAUGUGAAUCAAGAUGUGGCGACCGCCAGGCGGCAGGGUCAAUCCACACCAUUGUCACCCUCACCGCUAUCAUCACCGCAUAGCACUAUUCGUCUAAAUAAACGAUUUACCCGUCGCAUUGAAAUGGACCAAAAAAAGACGACGACAGCAACGACAACGCCAUCGCCUAGCGUUUUCGUAAAAUCCAUUUCUUCCUCAGCUGGUACGUCCAUUACCACCAUUGUUAGUCCUCAGAAAGAUGGUGCUGCCGCCAAUCAGAACAAUAAUUUUUCGACUUUUGUCGACAAUUUACCCUCGGAGUCAAUCAUAUCGGAGGAAUCAACGCCCAAGGAUAUGCAUAAUCGAACGGAAACCUUAACUCAGCUUCAAUUGCAUACAGAUAAUACCGACGAUGAUGAGGAUACGAUGGAAGAUUUAACCGAAGCUGAGAAUGAUGUGGAAGCAAUAAUACGUAGAAAUAGUACAUCGGCGGCAAUAGCUGGUGCUCAACGUGGCCAACAACAUUUUCCCAUUAAACCGAUCAAACCCAUGGCCAGUUAUUGCGAAAAAGCCGUGGGCAGUUCACCCAAACAUCUUGUCAGCACUCUAAGUUCCCCCAUUGAAUCAAUGAUGAGUUGCAGUGCCGCCAAUGUGUCGCGUGAACAUGCCCUCAAACACGAGAUUGAACAGCUGCAGGAGCAAUUAAAGGAUACCGAAGAGCGUUUGGCCUCCAUACGCUUGCAAAGUGAUUCACUCUCGCAGACCCAACGUUCGUUGCGGGAGCACAACAGCCGCCUACAAGAAGAGUCCGAAAUGCUUAAAUUGGAUGUGCAACAUCUAAACGAAUGCGCCGGAGUGUUGCGUUCCGAAUUGCAGGCAGCACGACGCGAUCGUGCCGAGGCCCUACAAAUGCAGAAUUCCCUGCGUGCCGAAUUGGAUGAAGUGCAGCAAGAACGCAAGCGUGCCGCCGAUGGCAAGGAGAAGGAUGCCAAAGUCAUACAGGAUUUGCAGCGACAAUGUCGCGAAAUGGAACGCAUUCUAAUGCGUAAGCAUCCUGAUUCAGUGUCCGCUUUAAUAGUGGCCUCAAAAAGUCCUGGCAUUUGUUCACUAAACGAUCAAGAAAAUUUAAAUAGUCGCAAAUUGCUGGAGCAACGUAUAGCACAAUUGGAAUCGGAUGCCAAAGAGCAGGAUAGCAAGGCUCAACAGAUAUUGGCCAAUGUUCAGGCUCGUUUCAAUUCAGUUCAGGCCAAAUAUGAGACGCAUAUUGCCGAUUUGGAGACUCAGGUUUUAAGUCUGCAAGAGAUCAACACCAAGUUGAAUGAACAAAUUGAGAGUCAAGUGCGUACAUUGGAUCGUUAUAUGCAGCAUCGGGCGGACAGGUUUUACAACAAUUGCACACAGACCGAGGAGACGACAACAGCAGCAACUGAAGGCGAUGCACUCCAUACGGCCGGGUCAUUAGCGGUGACCGGCUAUCAGCCAAACAGCACUGCCAUUAAUACCACAACCACUGAGACACAGACAACGCCUGGUUCUAGGCGUGAUCAUGCCACCAAUACCAUUGGCUGUACCACUACCCAUGUUCAUGGCCAUGGGCAAGCACAUUCGGCCAGUAGCAGCACCAGCAGCACUGCCAAUUCAACGCCAAAUACAUCACGUCCCAAUUCGAAACAAAGUGGACAGCAUAGAAGACCACCGGCCAUCGUAGUUGGUGGUAGUAUUGCAUCCAAAUUGCCUAUUUCACAAUCGGAAUCGACUCUAUCGCUGCUCACCACAGGCAGCGGCAAUGGAGGCGGAGCAAGUGGUUCGGCAAAAGAUGAUACCGCACAUUUACUUAGCUCGGUGCGUAGCAUGCGCGUCGAUUUGGCCAUCAAGAACAAGGCCAUGCAACGUCUGACCCGAGAACUAGACGAUUGCAAAAAGACCAUCAAGAAAUUGCAAAGGGAACGAGGUCCUGGCAAUGGUGCAGGAGGUGGUGGAGCAUUAACACCAACCUCAGCCACCGGCGAGUCCAACAUGAGCGGCAGCGGCUUAGCAGGUUCUAAGCUACCUCAAAGCAGUGGCAGCAGCCUAAUAAAUUCCUCUGGCCUGAGUCAACGCCGUGGAGGCUAUGACCAUCAUUACUAUCAUCAUGACCAUAUACCAGCUACGACAGAGAAUCAAGCUCUUAAAGAGGCACAGAAUAAAUAUCGCUUGCUAGAGGCCGAUUACAAAACGUUGCACGACAAACGCUUGCAAGAUCUUAAGACUCUGCAGAGUGCCCAUGAGCGGGAGUUGGCCAGCUGCAAUGAUGCGGUGCGCAUUUUGCAGCAACGUCUGAAUGAACGCGACGAGGCUACACAAAAGCGACGUAAAGUGCCCGUUGAUUACUAUGCACUGAAAGCUAAGGUAUCAUUGUUGGAACGCCGGCAUUCCGAGCGUGAGGAACGUUUGCAUAUACUUGUCGAUGCCCUUAGUAAAGGACGUCUCAAUGGUGCCCUCGAGGAUUUGUUGCAGGAUAAUAAUAACAAGUGAAGUAAAGUUGCCGAAACCUAUAUCCGUUUUUGUGGGUUGUGACUGAAUGCAAAAUUAAACCAAAAAAAAAAAAAAAA